CGCCCGGGAGCCCUUGCGGGGGGCGGUCCCGGCCAUGCGGACGGUGCUGCGGCGGCGGUGGCUGCCCGGGCCCGGGGGGGUGCCCGCGGUGAGGCAGCCGCGGGGUCCCGCCGCGGCCCCGCCGCUUGUCGUGGACCUGCGGAGCGACACGGUGACCCGGCCGUGCGCGGCGAUGCGCCGUGCCAUGGCCCGCGCCGCCGUGGGCGACGACGACUACGGGGAGGACCCGGCGGUGAACGAGCUGCAGCGCCGCGCCGCGGCGACUCUGGGGACGGAAUCGGCUCUGUUCGUGCCCACGGCCACCAUGGCCAACCUCAUCGCCGUGAUGUGCCACUGCCAGCGCAGGGGGGCUCAGCUGUUCCUGGGCCGGGACGCCCACCUGCACGUCUACGAGCACGGCGGGGCCGCGCAGGUCGCCGGUGUGCACUCCCAGGCCCUGCCAGAUCUGCCAAACGGCACAUUCGACCUGGAGCAGCUGGAGCUGGCCAUCCGUGAGGCCCACGGCAGCCAGUACCACCCGCGUCCUGAGCUCAUCUGUCUGGAGAACACGCACAGCUCGGCGGGCGGCCGGGCACUGCCCCUCACCUAUCUCAGGCAGGUCCGUGGGCUUGCAGACCGUUAUGGGCUGCGGGUGCACAUGGAUGGCGCACGACUGAUGAAUGCAGCAGUGGCCCAGGGUGUGGAGCCAGCUCAGAUUGCCCAGCUCUGUGACUCUCUGUCCCUCUGCUUCUCAAAGGGCCUGGGCGCCCCGGCUGGCGCGGUGCUGGCGGGGUGCAGGCAGUUUGUCGCCGAGGCCUGGCGCGUGCGGAAGCUGCUGGGCGGGGGCAUGCGGCAGGCGGGCGUGCUGGCGGCCGCCGCCCGCCUCGGGCUGCAGCACGCGGAGGCCACGCUGCGCAGGGAUCACGACAACGCCCGGCGCUUUGCGGAAGGUAUCCACGCGCUGGACUCUCCCCUCUGCUCCGUCGACCUGGCAGCAGUGGAGACCAACAUCGUGAUGGUGAAUAUCCAGGGCGCCUGGCCGUCCCCCACCGAGCUCUGCGACCGCCUGCGUGCCGUCAGCGAGGAGGAGGAGGCUGAGACCGGGCAGGCUGUCAGCGUCUUGCUGUUCCCCUGGUCAGCACGCGCUGUGCGCGCCGUCUGGCACCGCAACGUCUCGGCCCACGACACUGAGCUCGCAAGGAGGAAGCUGGAAUUUGUGGCCAGGAAGUUCCAGGAGGAAUUGGCCUUGGGAUUGCAUCCGAUGCCUCCAGGCACUGGGGGAGCCUGAGCAUUCUGCCAGCCCCACAGCUGCAGCGGUCAGGCAGCCCAGAGCAAGGACUGGGACCACCCCUUUGUGCUCCAGAUGUGUUCCCAGCCAUCUGAAACUUGACAUCAGCCCUCACAGGCAGCCUGACAAACCAAUGUGAGCCCAGCCUAGUGGAGACCCCAGCCCUUGAGGCAGUCAGUGCACAAAAUAAACACCAUUUGCUGGUAGUGUA